GAAAGUCAUGUGAUUGCGAUUUAACGAACAUGGCGUCGCAUUUAUUUUGUGGCAGAGUAAACCUAAAUAUUUUGAGAGAGGCUGCACGAAAAGACCUGCGUGAAUUUUUAGAUAAAUGUUCGGGAAGCAAGGCCAUUGUUUGGGACGAGUAUCUUACUGGACCUUUCGGGUUAAUUGCUCAAUAUUCCCUUUUGAAGGAACAUGAGGUCGAGAAAAUGUUCACUCUCAAAGGGGGUCGUAUACCGUCGGCUGCCGUCAAGAAUAUUGUCUUUUUUGUCCGACCGAGGUUGGAGUUGAUGGACAUCAUUGCAGAAAAUGUUGCAAGUGAGGAUAAAUUACAGCCCCGAGAUUUCCAUAUUCUGUUUGUGCCUCGCCGGAGUCUCCUGUGUGAGCAGCGUCUGAAGGAGAAAGGGGUUCUCAACUCGUUCACAAACAUCGACGAGUACAUUCUGGACCUUAUACCUUAUGAUGGAGACCUUCUUUCCAUGGAGUCUGAGAGUUCAUUCAGGGAGUGUUAUUUAGAGAAUGAUCAGACAAGCCUGUAUCACGCUGCCAAGGGCCUCAUGACUUUGCAAGCACUUUACGGGACGAUACCGCAGAUCUUUGGCAAAGGAGAGUGUGCAAGGCACGUGGCCAACAUGAUGCUGCGGAUGAAGAGAGAGUUUGCAGGUCAUGCUCAAAUCCUGCCUGUGUUCGACACACUUCUCCUGCUGGAUCGUAAUGUGGACUUGCUGACACCAUUAGCCACUCAACUUACAUACGAGGGUCUUAUCGACGAGAUCUAUGGCAUCACCAAUGGUUACGUGAAGCUUCCUCCUGAGAAGUUUGCACAGAAGAAACAGGGAGAAGGCGGGAAAGAUCUUCCCACUGAGCCCAAAAAACUGCAGCUCAACUCAGCCGAGGAGCUUUAUGCCGAAAUACGUGACAAGAACUUCAAUGCCGUCGGUGCGGCUCUCAGCAAGAAAGCCAAGAUCAUAUCAGCCGCAUUCGAGGAACGACACAAUGCAAAGACUGUUGGGGAGAUUAAACAGUUUGUUUCGCAGUUGCCUCACAUGCAGGCGGCUCGCAGCUCAUUGGCUAAUCACACCUCCAUCGCUGAACUCGUCAAGGACAUAACGACCUCGGAAGCCUUCUUUGACAGUCUGACCGUUGAACAAGAGUUUAUGACUGGAGUGGACACAGACAAGGUCAGCACGUAUAUAGAAGACUGCAUUGCACAGAAAGACCCGCUGAUCAAGAUCCUGCGACUGGUGUGCAUGCAGUCCGUCUGCAACAACGGCCUCAAACAGAAAGUCCUCGACUACUAUAAGAAGGAGAUCCUUCAGACGUAUGGAUACGAGCACAUUCUGACCGUCAAGAACUUGGAAAAGGUUGGGUUACUCAAACCUCAAAGCGCCAUGAGAAACAACUACCCCACAAUCAGGAAAACACUCAAACUGUGGAUGGAGGACGCCAAUGAACAGAACCCGAACGACAUAUCGUACGUGUACAGCGGCUACGCCCCGCUCAGUGUGCGUCUGACUCAGGUCCUGGCCCGGCCCGGCUGGAGGAGCAUCGAGGAGGUGCUGAAGAUGCUGCCCGGACCACACUUUGAGGAACGACAGCAGGUUCCCACGGGCCUUCACAAGAAGCGUCAGCCAGGAGAGAACCGCACCACCCUGGUGUUCUUCCUCGGCGGUGUGACUUACGCUGAAAUCGCUGCUCUGCGCUUCUUAUCCAACAUGGAGGAUAGUGGGACUGAGUACAUUAUCGCAACCACCAAACUGAUCAACGGAACCAGCUGGAUAAAGUCUCUCAUGGACCAUCCUGAGGAAAACGUACCGUAAAGCAGCUAUUGCCGUUCAGAUGAGCGUCUUUCGUCUCCGCAUGAGCCCAAACGCUUAUGUUUUGUAUAGUUCAACUCCCGAUGCUAUCGUUCAGAUCAUCUUGAAUGAUCACGAGGAUGUCUUGCCCAUUACGAUACUCAUUUAUGUACGUUUUUGAACAAGAUUUGUGUCGACAGAUACUGUAAGUGUAGUCGGUUAGCCAGCUUGCCUUAACUGGCUCAAAACUUCUUUUUGAAUGCAUUUAAAGUCUAUAUACACACACACACACACAUAUAUAAAUAUAGGCUAUAUAUGUUGGCUUUAUAUUAGCACUUGUUUAUUGAAAGGACUAAAUUGAAUUCAAUGAAGUAAACUACUAUGCUUAAAAUCGCCUCAAGAUAUUAUUAAAACGCAAGUAUUAUACCUUAUAAAUUAGGGAUACACCGAUAUGAAAACUUUGGCUGAUACCAUUAACUGAUAAUUCUGUUUAUUUGAAAACUAAUGACUGAUAUAUUGGCUAAUAAAUAAUUUUUUAUAUAUAAUUUGAGUCCCAUCAUGACUCAAGCACACAUUUAUAAUGUUCUCAUUUUA